UAUUCGCGCAGAGAGAGAGAGAAGGAGGAGGAAGAGUGUGAGACUAUGGAAGCUCCGAAGUUAUUGCUGUUGAUUUUGCUGAUUCCUUGCGACUUGUUUAUCGGUAACUCCCUCGGAGAUGGCGUCACUCAUGAAGAAGCCAAAGAGCUCAGAGAUGAGGUGCGUGAGAUGUUCUACCAUGCAUUUAACGGAUACAUGAACCAUGCUUUUCCACGCGAUGAGUUAAGGCCUUUAUCUUGUGGAGGAGAAGACACACUUGGUGGCUAUGCCUUAACAUUGAUUGACUCAUUGGACACCUUGGCUUUGCUUGGUGACAGAGAGCGCUUUACUGCUUCUGUUGAAUGGAUUGGUAAAAAUCUUCGGUUUGAUAUUAACAAAACAGUAUCUAUCUUUGAGACUACAAUCCGUAUCCUUGGAGGUUUAAUUUCUGCUCAUCUCAUUGCAAGUGACCACAACACGGGCAUGAGGAUUCCCUCUUAUGAUGAUGAGUUGCUUCACUUGGCUGAAGACUUGGCACGGAGAAUGCUGCCUGCAUUUGAUACUCCUACAGGAAUUCCAUUUGGAUCAGUAAAUUUGUUGCAUGGAGUCGAUGAAAAUGAAAGCAAGAUAACAUCAACUGCUGGUGGAGGGACACUGACAUUAGAAUUUGGGAUACUCAGCCGCUUAACUAAUGAUCCCAUUUUUGAGCAAGUUGCAAAGAAUGCAGUUCGAGGAUUAUGGGCUCGCCGGUCAAAGAUCAAUCUAGUUGGUGCUCAUAUAGAUGUUUUUUCGGGUGAAUGGACACAAAAGGAUGCUGGGAUAGGGACGAGUAUAGACUCUUUCUAUGAAUAUCUCCUAAAGGCUUAUUUGCUGUUUGGUGAUGAAGAAUAUCUUUUCAUCUUCCAGGAAGCUUACAAGGCUGCUAUGAAGUAUCUCUUUAAUGAUCCUUGGUAUGUAGAGGUAAAUAUGAAUUCUGCUGCCCUUGUCUGGCCUUUAUUUAACAGCUUACAGGCAUUCUGGCCAGGUCUUCAGGUUCUGGCAGGGGAUAUCGAGCCUGCCAUUAGAACACAUGCUGCCUUCUUCAGCGUCUGGAGAAGAUAUGGGUUUACCCCAGAGGGUUUCAAUCUAGCUACGCUCAGUGUUCAACAAGGCCAGAAAAGCUAUCCUCUGCGUCCAGAAUUGAUUGAGAGCACCUAUUGGCUGUACAAAGCUACCAGAGAUCCUAGGUAUCUUGAUGCUGGAAGGGAAAUUCUUGCUAGCUUGCAAUAUGGUGCUCGAUGCACUUGUGGAUAUUGUCAUAUAUCUGAUGUUGAAUUUCACAAACAAGAAGAUCACAUGGAGAGCUUCUUCUUGGCAGAAACUGUUAAAUAUUUGUGGCUUCUUUUUGAUUUAGCUGCUGGUCCAGAUAACCUGGUUGAGAAUGGACCGUACAAGUAUAUCUUCAGCACAGAAGGCCAUUUAUUGCCUGCAACUCCUCAAAUAUCCUUAGUACGUGAGCAUUGUUCAUACUUCGGAGCAUAUUGUAGGAACAGCAAUUUGAGACUCAAAACUCAUUCACCCGAGAGUGCACAAACUAAUUCCAGUGGCUCUCAAACACGACAUGCAGAUUCCAGUUUCUUAUCGCGCUCCAGUUAUCAAAGUUCCUCACCUGUCUAUGGUUUGAAGGUCAGAAAUUUUAUGGGACUCUGUCCAGGUCUAACCUAUGAACAAAGGUUUGGCAUAUCAUUCAUGUCUCCGGUGGAUUCAAGUAGUGAGGAUGAAAAUUCAAGCCAAAGGGAGACAACUGAAGUUCAGAGCCAUUCAGUUGUGCUGAAUUCAAACCCUGAUCCCCAAGUUCCCCUAUCGGGUCCUCAUAAUGAUCAUGACAACGACCCAGCUCAUGUGCCCCAAGACGAAAGCCCCUCUUCUAAACAAAAAAGAUGACUGGUGGCAACCUGUAAUGGAUUUUAGCCUUUUCCAGUUUGCUGUCCAUUUAAGGACUUCUUAGAGUUGGUCAUGAUUUGGAAGGGGUUCAAGCUUCAACGUCCUGGAACGGUUCUGCAAGUAUAUGGCGAUAUGAGUGAUACCCGUUGGGACCAGAAGCUGGUACUUGUGGCAAGUGCUCAAUCAUGAUUCUUAAAUGGUUAUUAGGACUCAUACAGUCAUAUACAUCUUAUACAUAGAGCUGGUAUCCUGCAAGAUCGUUGGAAUCAGCAGGUGACUUAAAAUAUGUCUAGCAAGGUAUUAUACAGUAUACCAAGUUAGCUAACCUAUUAACUGUUGCAAUGAAGUUGGGGAUGACCAAUUUUUUGGUGAUCAAGAUCAGGGACAGAAAAGGAGAGGAAUCAAUUUGUGUACAUUAAAAUAUUGCGAAAACUAGGCAGCGAAUCUGUUCCUUGGUCUGUUAUUUUCUCCAGCCAAUUUGGUUGUAGUUUACCCAAUUUCAUGUUGUAAUAUAUCAAUCAGUGUCGAAUGGACACCAUUUUUAGAGUACUCUGGAUCACAAGUUUUCUGGUUC